AUGUCCAACCCAAGCGAAACAACCUUGGGGGAUGCCUCGCCUAAUCAGCCUGGUAUAUUGCGAAACCCAACCCAUCCCAUCCAACAACAACAACCGCAGCAACCCUCACAGCACCAACAGGAGGCCGUCAUCUCUGGUCUCAACGAAAAGCAGGAACUCGAUGAGGAGGAGUCCGAGGAGGCUACCUCUGAGCACGGCACCUACGAAGACGCCGUCAGCGGUCGCUGGGGCGAGGGACCUUCUAAGGUCAACGUCAUCGCCGCCGAGAAGGAUUUCAAGAAGCUUGAGCGCCAACUUACCAGGCGCUCAUCCCUCUACAGAGUCGCCACUGGCCAGAGGGGACCCGAUGAUGGCUUUGGAGGAGACUUUGAUCUGACAGAGUACCUUCAGGACGUCAUGCCCCAGGCUCGAGCCGCCGGAAUCAAGGGUCGCAACCUCGGCGUCGUCUGGGAGAACCUCGAGGUCCAAGGUGAGGGUGUCGGUGCCCAGUUUGCCGGUACCUUUGCCGAUCCUUUCAUUGGCAUCUCUAACUUGGUUAACCCCUGGUUCUGGGCCAAGAAGUGCUUCUCUCGCGCUCCCUCUGCUCCUAAAACCAUCACUCGCACCAUCAUCCACCCCAUGAACGGCUUCUGUCGUGACGGCGAGAUGGUCCUGGUCCUCGGUCGUCCUGGUGCUGGAUGCUCGACCCUCCUUCGUGUCCUCGCCAAUGACCGCAAGAACUAUAAGGAGGUGACUGGCAACGUCUCUUACGGUCCCUUUACGCCCGAGCAGAUUGCCCAGCAUCAUCGCGGUGAAGUUUUGUACAACCAAGAAGAUGAUUUCCAUUACCCAACCUUGACUGUCCGUCAGACACUCGAGAUGGCUCUCAAGACCAAGACGCCCACUAAGCGCCUUCAGGACCACCGCAAGGAGUUUGUCAGCGAGUUCCUUGAAGUCCUCACCAAGAUGUAUGGUCUCACCAAACAGGUGGAGACAGUUGUCGGUAACGCCUUUAUCCGCGGUAUCUCUGGCGGUGAGCGCAAGCGUCUGUCGAUUGCUGAGCAGAUGGCCACCCGCUCGUCUGUCAACAUGUGGGAUGGUGCUACGCGUGGUCUCGAUGCCUCCUCGGCUCUUGACUAUGUUAAGUCCCUCCGUGUCCAAACCAAUCUCCUCCACAAGGCCACCGUGGUCACCAUCUACCAGGCCUCCGAGAACAUCUACGACCUCUUUGACAAGACCAUCCUUCUCUAUGAGGGUUACUGUAUCUACUUUGGACCUGCUAACGAGGCUCGUCAGUACUUUAUCGACCUCGGAUUCGAGUGCCCCACUCGUCAGACCACCGCCGAUUACUUGACCGCCAUCACCGAUCCCCACGAGCGCAGAGCCCGCCCUGGUUUCGAGGGUCGCGUCCCGCGCACUCCCAAGGAGUUUGAGGUUGCCUUCAAGGCUUCGCCCUUCUACACCAACAUCGAGCACGAGCGCAUUGCCUACCAGGAGGAAGUCCAGGACAAAAACCCCACCGCCGAGUUCAUGGACGCCACCAGGCAGCAGAAGCAGAAGCACGUCUCUACCGAGACCCCCUAUACCAUCAACUUUGUCGGCCAAGUCAAGGCCCUCACCGUCCGCCAGUUCCAGCUCACCAUGGGUGACAUGACCUCGGUGUUCUCUCGUUAUGCCUCGAACGUCAUCAAGGCCAUCAUUGUCGGAAGUGUCUUCUUCCUGUUGCCCAUGAACACCGGGGGUGCCUUCACUCGUGGAGGUGUGUUGUUUUUCUCCCUGCUCUUCAACGCCCUGAUUUCCCAAGCCGAGCUGCCCAUGGCCAUGCAAGGUCGUCCCAUCCUGUACAAGCACAAGGGAUUUGCCAUGUACCGCCCUGCCGCGUUUGCCAUCUCUCAGAUCUGCAUUGACAUCCCCCUGGUCAUGGUCCAGAUCUUGCUCUUCUCGGUUUGCCUGUACUUUAUGGCUGGUCUGCAAAGGACUUUUGUCAAAUGGCUCCUCUUCUGUGUUAUUCUGUUCCUCUGCGCUAUGUGCAUGACCGCCUUCUUCCGCAUGUGGGCUGCUGUCUCUGCUACUUUCGAUGCUGCCUCUCGUAACUCGGGUCUUAUCCUGUUGGCCUUGAUCUUGUACUCUGGCUAUAUGGUUCCCUACCAGUCGAUGCACCCCUGGUUCAUUUGGAUCUUUUGGAUCAACCCUCUUGCCUAUGCAUUCAAGGCCUUGAUCUCGAACGAAUUGAAGGGUCUCCAAUUUGACUGCUCGGGUGCCGGGAUGAUCCCCUUUGGCCCCACCUACACCGACCCCCAGUACCAGGUCUGCUCCCUCGCCGGUGGCAACCCCGGAAACACCUUUGUUCUCGGUGAUGACUACCUCUAUGCCUCGUACCGCUACAAGACCUCGGAGAUGGGGUUGGACAUUUUGGCCGUCAUUCUUUUCUGGCUGUUUUUUGUCGGUGUCACCUGCUACGCCUUGGAGAGGAUCGAGUUUGGCAAGGGUGGAUUCAGUACCAACGUCUACAAGAAGGGCACUGUCUUGAUCGACCAAAAGCUUGAGGACGAGGAGAACAUUGCCAACGUCUCCGUUUCGACCAUCAACAACACCAACACCAAGGCCGCCGUCAGCGAGAAGGGAGAGUCCACCAUCGAGUUGAAGGACAUGGCCAAGGGAUCUGUCUUUGCCUGGGAGAACCUCGAUUAUGUUGUCCCCUACAAGUUUGACCCCUCGGGCCAGAAGCAGCUGUUGACUGACAUUGCUGGUCUGGUCAAACCCGGAACCAUGACUGCCUUAAUGGGAUCCUCUGGAGCCGGAAAGACCACCCUUUUGGAUGUCCUCGCUCAGCGCAAGAACACUGGAACCGUUACCGGCACCGUCGAGGUUGACGGUGAGCCCCUUCGUCUUGAUUUCCAGCGUACCACCGGCUACUGUGAGCAGCUGGAUGUCCAUGUUCCCCAGUGCACUGUCCGUGAGGCACUCCAGUUCUCGGCCCACCUCCGCCAGCCAGCCAAUGUCUCGGAAGUCGAUAAGAAUGCCUAUGUCGAGGAGAUUAUCCACAUUCUCGAGAUGGAGAACAUUGCCGACGCCGUUAUUGGUACUACUGAAUCUGGUCUCGGAAUCUCGGUCGAGGAGCGCAAGCGUCUCACCAUCGGAGUCGAACUGGUCGCCAAGCCCAAGUUGCUGUUCCUGGACGAACCUACCUCUGGUUUGGAUGCUCAGGCUUCGUACAACAUUAUGCGUUUCAUGCGCAAGCUGACCGACCAGGGCCAGGCUAUUCUCUGCACCAUCCAUCAGCCUUCGUCCCAGUUGUUUGCCUUUUUCGAUGACCUGUUGCUUCUCGCCAAGGGCGGAAAGACUGUCUUCUUUGGUGACCUCGGUCCAGACUCUGCCAACUUGAUCAACUACUUUGAAAAAAACGGUGCCCCCAAGUGCGCUGCUAAUGCCAACCCUGCCGAAUAUAUCCUCGACGUUGUCAACGCUCGCCAUAUGGACCUCAAUUGGCCCGAGAUCUGGGGUGCCUCGCCCGAAAGAUCAUCCCUACUUACUGCCAUCAAGGCCACCCGCAAACACCCCAACGCCGGAACCUCUGCCUCCCAUGCCGCCCACCACGCCGACGGUAGUCUUGAGUAUGCCUCUGACGGCAUGAUGCAGUUCAAGUAUGUCUUCCGUCGCAUGUCCCGCACCUACUGGCGCCUUCCCGAGUACAACUUUGGCCGUAUCUUUAUGAUGAUCGUCUUUGCCCUGUUGAACGGCUUCUCCUUCUUCCGUCUCGGUGAAUCCAAAAUCGAUCUGCAGUCACGUGUCUUUGCCAUCUUCCAAAUCAUGGUCAUGGCGGCGUUACUUGUGAACAUGGCUCAGCCCCGUUUCCAUACGGAACGUCAAUGGUUCUACCGGGAGCUUGCCGGCAAAUACUACGGCUGGAAACCCUUCGCCGCGACGAUUUUGUUGAUUGAAGUUCCCUAUGUCAUCUUGACCGGCACGGUUUUCUUCCUGGUUUUCUACUGGACGUGCGGCUUUGUCACGGACUCGAUCUUGACACUCUACACCUGGUUGAUGCUGGUCGUCUUCUGUCUGUUCGCCAUCACUCUCGGUCAGGCAAUUGCUGCCUUCACCCCUUCGACUCAGGUUGCCGCUCUAUUGAACCCUUUCAUUUUCUCGGCCCUGAACCUGUUCUGCGGUGUCAUGAUGCCCAAGGCUUCUAUGCCCAAGUUCUGGUCGUCCUGGAUGUACUGGCUCGACCCUUACCAUUAUGUAAUUGAGGGUCUUGUCUCCGUUCAGCUCUACGAUGUCCCUGUUUCCUGCAAGUCUGACGAGUACUCCAUCUUCAACACCCCUGCUGGCCAGACCUGUGGAGAGUAUUCUGCCAAGUUCAUGGAGACCGCCGCCGGUUACAUCGCUAACCUCAAUGCUACCUCUGAUUGCCAGUACUGCUCCUACCGGAAGGGCCAAGACUUUUACCAUGGAUUGAGCUUUGACUAUGAUAACCGCUGGAGGAACCUCGGUAUCUUGUUCAUCUACCUUGCCUUCAACGUCGUCAUGGUCAUUGUUGGUAUCCGCUACCUCAGAUGGAACCGCCGCUAA